AAUAUAACACCAGACCAAAGCAGCCGUUCGUCCAGGGUUUGUGGCUAAUGACAAGUCGCCUGCUAACUAAAGUCAUGGCGUUGCUGAAACGAAGUUGCUGCGUUGCUGGUCGUUUCUCCACAAACCAUCUGUGGCUGAGUCCCAGAUGCAUCCCACAUGUUUAUACCAGCAGUCUAUCAACUGUGGCCAAAUCCUCCCCAGACCGGGCUGACAGAAAGAAGGAGCUUCUGAGCGACGACGGGCCUGAUCUGCAAGACUUUAUUUCAGGGGAUCUGUCUGAGAAAAGCAAGUGGGCUGAGUACAGAGGCACCCUGAAGAGACAGAAGGGAGAGAGGCUACGGCUUCCUCCUUGGCUCAAGACAGAGAUCCCCAUUGGAAAGAACUACAACAGGCUGAAGAACACGCUAAGAAAUCUCAACCUGCACACUGUGUGUGAGGAGGCCAGAUGUCCAAACAUUGGGGAAUGCUGGGGAGGAGGAGAAUACGCAACGGCCACAGCCACCAUCAUGCUGAUGGGAGACACAUGUACCCGUGGAUGCAGGUUUUGCUCCGUAAAGACGGCCCGUAAACCCCCACCUUUGGACCCAGACGAGCCAUACAAUACAGCCAAGGCCAUCGCUGCCUGGGGGCUGGACUAUGUGGUUCUCACCUCAGUUGACAGAGAUGAUAUUGCUGACGGAGGAGCAGAGCACUUUGCUAAGACUGUCUCUAACCUGAAGCAGAGAAAUUCUCAGAUCCUGGUUGAAUGUCUGACCCCUGAUUUUCGUGGUGACCUAACAGCUGUAGAGAAGAUCGCACUGUCUGGGUUAGAUGUGUAUGCCCACAAUGUGGAGACAGUGCGUGAGCUGCAAAGGCAUGUUCGUGACCCCAGAGCGAACUUUGACCAGUCUCUGAGUGUCCUGAAGCACGCUAAAAAGGUCAAACCCACUGUGCUUACCAAGACUUCCAUCAUGCUGGGACUGGGGGAGACUGAUCAACAGAUACGCGACACCUUGACCGAGCUGCGAGAGGCAGGAGUGGACUGUCUAACACUUGGGCAGUACAUGCAGCCCACUAAACGCCACCUGAAGGUGGAAGAAUACGUCACUCCAGAGAGGUUCGCCCACUGGGAGAAAGUUGGGAAUGAUAUGGGCUUUGUUUACACAGCCAGCGGGCCACUGGUGCGAUCCUCCUACAAAGCAGGCGAGUUCUUCCUGAAGAAUCUACUUGAGAAGAGAAAAGCAGAAGUCACUAUAGCAGAAUGAAAACCAGCAGCUUCUACAGUCCGCCCUGCAUAUUACCUUCAUAUAUACUUUUAACUACACGCAUUUAGUUACAAAAUCAGCUUUACACUUGCAGCGGCACAAUGCAUUGUUGUAAACCAUAGCACAGGAAACACAUUUAUCAUAAUGAGUAGGAACAACUUGUGCAGUUAAAAAGAAGAAGCAGGUGGCAGUAAAUAAGGGUACGGCAGUGAGUUGUUACUGUCUACCUGUGGCAACCCAGAGGUCUCCUGUACAUUUUAGAAGGAGAUCAAAGAGAACAAAGCAGUAAGAGGUCUGCAGAUAUGUAGAUAACCAGGGUGCAGACUGUGUCCACGUGACCCUGCCAGGAGAAAAUACAACCUGGUGUGAGCAGUAGCUGUAAUUUGCCAUCUCUGCACCUCAGGGGCCCCUAAAUUACACCCAACAUCAACUCCCUCCCCCUCAGGGGCCAUGGACUUCAAGUAAAGAGCUACUGACCUUUCACAGCGAGCACUCUGUUUAUGAGUGCUUUGAUGUCUGCAGUUUCAGGACCAAUGAUUUAAUCAAGCAAGAGGGGUUUUUUGCUGUUGGUUUGAUGAUUCUUGCAGCAAGUCAGAGGUAAAAUUACAUGAUACUAUAACAAAUCUAUGCCUGCUAAGGACUCCCUUUAAAAAAUUUCUAUUUUAUUACACUAGGAAAAAGAACAAGUUGAGCCCAAAUUGGCCUCUCGUCAGGUACUUCAUAUCAAAAGAGCGACUUUUGAUACAUCUGUAUGUAAAGAAGAGAUCAUUUGGGCUCAAACAGUGCUUAUUCUAAUGUACUAAAAUUUUAAUUUUACACCUGGACAAGAAAGAUGUAUGUUUAUUUUGCACACUGACUGUUUAGACAAAACGAAUCUUUAAAAUGUACAUUUAUAUUUAAAGAAUUAAAGCUCCUCAGUCUACA